GAUGCCCAUCCAAACUCUCUAAUUGGAAACGAGCUCAUAUUCUUGCCAAUGUUGAAAAAUCGGAGUCUGGGGUUGAUGGAAGCUACCAGAAGGAUUUGUGAAGUUUCUCGGAAACAGGCGAAACAUCUGCAUAAUGUUAGGGGUAAAGGGUACUCGUACAAAAUGGGAGACUUCCAUGGAACUUUUCGGCAACCUCUGAAAGUCAUCGGUGUGCGCAGAUCCUUCGAUACUAUCACUUAUAUGAAAGAACAUCCCAAGGGUUUCCACAUUGCAAUUAACAGAUUACAAGAGAGAUGGCCGCUCGUCGGAGUCAUGGUUGUUCGGAACCCAUUCGACAUGAUUUCAACUCGAAGCAAAGAAAUGGGUGCUGUUAUGACCUUAAAACAUCCCCAAACUGGAAAGCUGUUUCAGACGACGAUAUGGAACUGUAGCAAAAUCACGCCCCCAAUUUCUAGCUGUCUCGAAUUCAUUCGUGACUCUAUGGCCAAUGGAACCACAAUUGUCAGUGAAGAUAAAGAUGUGGACGAAGCCACUGAUGCUAUCGAGGAACACGCUGAAUUAAGCAAUCAACUGAUGGAAUCGAUGAACCACAACUUUUCAGCUGUGAUUGUGCAGCUCGAAGACCUUAUAUCCCACCCACGAAAAUAUGCAGAACUUUUCUGCGAAGUAUUGGAGCUGCCUUGCGAUGAAACCUACAUCAACGGUGUAGUUGCGGGGGUGCUGGAUUCGCCUAACCCUUCCAGAAACGGAGUUAAAUGGACUCAAACGCAGAUUGAGAGAGUGAACAAAAUUGUCGACCGAUUUCCGAGCAUAUUCACAAUGCCACGACUAGCUCGAUUGGAUCCUUGACUGAAAAUGCAUCAAACUUAAAACUUGAAAAUCCAAUUAUUUAAAAAAUUUGGUGUCAUUAUAGCAAAACUAUCAAAAUUUAUGUGGGAUCAAUAUUAAACUAC